GCUUUCUAUUCAGCCCGGAACACUUUGGCGGUAAAAAUGGAUGGAUUGUUUGAAAUGCCCAGAAUUUGAAUCUGAUCUGCGGCAUUUCCUCUUAUUGAAGCAAACUUUCUUCAGCCGAUCUCUUAUGGUACUCCUGGAAUUCGGUACUUUGCUUGCUGUUGAAAUCACCAAGUUGGUGUGGACCACUUCUGAAAAACAAGACACAGCAAACAAUAAUGAAAAGGAACAAAAUUGUGAAGGACAAUCACUCUCAUUCAUGUGUCCCAAGUGGAACUAAACAAUUAGCUGCAGGUGAAAGUUGUCUAAAUAGCAGAAGAAAGCUUGACUUCAAAAACAAACUUCCACUUGAUGGUAAAAGGAUUUAUCUUGACUUAAGAGGAUUAAAACAGAGGAAUGUUGAAGAAAGUUUGAGCAAAUUUGGAGCAAUCAUUGAGAAAUUCCUCAGCAAAGAGAUCCAUUACUUUGUUACUGAUCAGUCAAAAGUAAAAGAGAAAAAUGAUGAUCCAAAUACCUCAGGAAGUCCAAGUGUCUAUAUGUCAAGCCCAUUCAACAGUGGCCAAACUCCAUCCCCUUCAACUUUUGACAAAAAGGCUCUCUCGGUUACUCGUGGAAGAGCCAUGCUACAAUGUGUUAAAAUAGAUUCUGUUCCUGAGAAUAUUGUUGACAAAGCAAGAAAACUGGGAGUCAAGAUUGUGCCCUAUACAAGUUUAAUGAAAUGGAUCAGCAAAGAGAAGACUUUGUUGGAGAAUGCCAAAGCAGCUUGUGUAUCAAACUUAAGAGCCAAAACUGUGGAUAAUCAGAAAAGAAAGAAAACAGCAAAAUUGAAAUACUUAAAGAAGCCCUACAUAAAAUUUGAAGCAAUCAACAAACAUUAUCGUCCAGUUGUGAUGGAGUUUACUAGCUGGCCCCACAUUAACUUGUCUUCAGCACCAGGCAGCUGUCCCUUUGAUGAGUGGCUAAGUUGUGUCAGUGCCACUAAGCCACAACCAGCGAAUAAAGAUGUUCCUGUAGCCUGGUCAGCAGAGUCUGGAGCACCACAGAAUGCAGCCAAUCUAACUCGCAACAACAAUAACAACAACAACACCACCACCACCACCAAAAAAUGCACACUCAGUCAACAGGUUGCAUCACAGAAGAUCCCUGGGCGGCGUCUAGUGAACUGGGAGAGAAGGAAGCUUGCAGAGAAGAAACUUCGGCAGGGUUUCUGUGAAUGUUGUGAUGUUCGUUUUGAUGAUGUUAAAAAGCACCUUAAUUCCACUGAGCAUUGUGCAUUUAGAAAGAAUGAAGCUAAUUACAAGCAGCUAGACAAACUGAUAGAUCGUGGUAGAGCUAUCCAUCAGUUUGUUGAGAAUGUUGUGUCUGAAAUGGUGUCUUCAUCUGAUGACAACAGUGAACGAGAUUAUGAAUUCUCUGAAUCAACAGACAAAGUGAUGCUACUUUCUUUGAAAAAUUCUAGCCCAGAUGCUCAACAAACCAAAAGACAGUCUGAAAAACAUUGUCAUUCCCUAACAGCGCAUUCAUUGUCUUCCUGUGAUGUCUCCAUAGAAGAUGUUACUACAAAGAACCUAUUGAUGAAAGAAUCUGAUGCUCAGUCACUGGCCUUGGAAAAUCCUCAAACACCAUUAAAGAAAGUUUCUCAAAUUACAAAGAGGGCUUCAGAAAAUUCUUGGAAAAGUCCUACUCGAAGUCCAUUUAAAUGUUUGUUUAAUUCACCUAGUCGCUUGGAUCGCCAUUGCAAUGAUAAACCUCCACUUUGUAAUAAACAGGCCAAACAGACUGCUGUUUCAUUGUCAGCUAUGACUGCUAAGGCAGAACCUUUAAUUUCACCUUCAAAACCCUUAGAAUUUCCAAACAAAAUAAAAAGACAUUUAUCAACCCUGCAAAACGACAUCCCACCUGACUGUACUGCUCCUAGUAAGUCACUAAAAAAUUCGGAACAGGAAAAUUACAAACCUUCUGUAAAUUGUCUUCCACCACAACUAGAAAAGUUCCCAAUCCCCAAAUGUAACAAAGCACCAAAGAGUGAAAAACAUGUUUGUUUGAGUGAACAGCAAAAGACCAUAAAAUCCCCUGUUGGCAAUGUAUGCCUUAAUCUAUCACCACCAGUUCUGGAGAAGUGGGAUAAAUUAACAACAAAUCAUUCUCCAGAAAAUAGCCCAGAAGCCAAUCACACUGUUCAGGUUAAGCGUAGCUUUCGGUCAUCCUCCCACAAGAAACCACAAUCUAAACGUCAGCGUUUGGUCAAGCUUGGAGAAAAAUGGCAGGUUUUGAGCCAACAAAGUGUGAAGAAGAUAUUGUUUAAUGAUGAAUCGCCUGAGUCAUUCAUAGGUUUCCAUCCCCAGGAAAUCUUUAAGAGUGAUUAUUCUUCAGAUAUUUCUUUUGAAACUGUUUCUGAAGUACUUCUUACUGAUCAUUCUGAUUUCGAAUGGACUUUAGGUAACAGUGAUGGCCCUUUCAGUGAGCCAUCCUCACAAACAGCUGGUGGUCACCGAACAUCAUUCUCUUGGAUUCAGUACAAGAAGCUUGUUCUAAUCAUGAAGUCUCAGUUCGCCAUAGUCCAAAUACAGAAAAGAAAUCCUCUCCUUUGACUCAAAUUCCUGAAGGUGGCAGUACUUACAC